AUAAGUGAACACAAACACACCUGCUUAGUUACGUCACAACAGUGUCCCGGUGCUUUCUUUGAGCUAAGAGGAACUGCACCCCUUUGAUUAAACAAAAACAUUUUGGCCAGUGAAUUAAUACAAAUUAUGUAAUUCAAUUAUUAUGUUCACAUGUAGGAUAUAUUUCAUUUCUUCCCAUCACUGCCCACGGUUGAAAAUCACUAAAAUCUCUCAAGGACACUUCUUUGAACUCCUCAAUAACACUAAUUAGUUUAAUAAGGGUAUAAGAGUAACCUGUUGUCUUGCUGUAUGCUUCUGUUCUCCGUAAAUGAAUUGUAAAUAAAUGGUAACCAUCUGCUUGGGAAUAAUGGGUUAAGUCAUACAAGGAAGUACCUGUGUGUUACAAAGGGAGUAAAGUCCGUGAGAGAAGACAACAGCGAAGGGGUUUCUGGUUAGGCGGCAUUUCCUCAUUGCGGGCUGCUUCACCACUUGUUUUAUUCUGGAUCUGUUGCUGUGAAAGUCUCAGAUGUGGUUACAGAGGAACAUCUUUACAGCUGUUAAACUGCAUCAGAGAAAUGGCCAGUGAACCACAGAGUCCAGGCUUAAGAGAGGUGUAUGACUAUACUGAAGGGAAUGGUUACCCCGGUGACCAGCAGUCUCUAAGGUUACGACGGGUUUCGUCUCGAGUGUCCAAUCAGAAUCACCCUCAGUUCGACUGCAGCUCGACCUCGACCCCUGAAGAGGAGGAUGAAGAGGGUGACAGUGGACCGCCUCGGGACAUCAGAGCCACUGCUCUGCCCAUGGCAGUGAAAAGAGCUGUGAGGCAAGUGCAGCAAAUGCAGGUUCCUGUGGUUUCCAGAAGGGAGUCCUGGAAACGGAAAAAUACCAAAACUCUGCGCAAACUCAAAGAAAGUGGGAGAGGGGUUCUCUCCUUCUUCUCCCUGUGGAGCAAGACUUUGCAAAAGAUUGGAGGGAACUUCGGAGGUGGUGUCCAGUCUUUCUUCCUGUUCCUGAGGUUCUUGGUGGUGCUCAAUUUUGUUUCCUUUUUACUGAUUGCUGGAUUUGUCCUCAUCCCGAGCAUCGUCUUCAGAUCUGUCGAGGCCAGCGUUGUUAACAGCACGGGUCCAGAGGAAUGCAUGGAUUAUGAGCCUAAUCCUCAAGGCCUGGUGUUGUUCUAUAAUUACUUCCUUGACUUACUUUCUGGAACGGGUUUCAUGGAGUAUUCGUACCUGUUUUAUGGCUACUACAACAACACAAUGGUGGAGGACAGUAAAUUCUCCUACAACAUCCCGCUGGCCUACCUCUUCACCGCCGUCUUCUACUUCAUCUUCUGUCUUAUUUGUAUCAUAGCACGGAUGGGGACUGCAGCUCGAGUUGUCGUGGCAACGGGAGGCAGCACUGUGGGCGAAUACAGCAUGAUCGUGUUCACCAGCUGGGACUACGGUUGCCUGGGAGACGGAGCUACCAAACUGAAGCAGAAGAACAUCCACUACCGGCUGCAGGUGGAUCUGGAGGAGGAGAGCAUAAAGAAAAGGGCGGCCGCUCUGAGUAUGGCUCAAAAAGUAGUUUUAUACUUUCUACGUGUUUUUAUGUGUCUUGUUUCAUUUGGGCUCAUCAUAGCAGCGUUCUACGGCAUCUUCGCGGCCACCGAAUUCAGCCAGUUGAAGAGUGAGCAGAAAGGGAUCCUGGGUUUGUUUUUUGAGUAUCUACCUUCCAUCGCCAUCACCGCCGGAAACUUUGUGGUGCCGCUGCUGUGUGACCAGAUCGCGCUGGUAGAGCGAUACGCCCCCAGCACCACUGUCAUAGUGGCACUGUUAAGAUCAGUGUUCCUUCGUCUGGUGAGUCUGGGUGUUCUCCUCUUCACGCUGUGGCGUCAGAUCACCUGCGACGGGGCCACAAAUAGUGAAGAAUGUAAACUGUGCCAAUACAACCAUAAAGUCUACCCGUGCUGGGAAACACGUGUAGGACAGGAGAUGUACAAACUGACCCUGUUCGACCUCCUCAUCAACAUCGCUGUGCUCGUCCUGGUGGAGUUUCCACGCAGGAUGGUGGUGGACAACUGGUCCAAUAAGCUGGCUCAGUGGGUGGGUCGGCAGGAGUUUGUGGUUGCCGCCAACGUGCUUGCACUGGUGUAUGGUCAGACUGUGGUUUGGACAGGAGCUCUUUUUUGCCCUCUGCUGCCGCUCAUCAACACCAUCAAGUUCAUCCUCCUCUUCUACUUUAAGAAGAUCACACUCUUCUAUAAUUGUCGACCAGCACUGAAGACGUUUCGCUCCUCCACCUCCACCUUCUUUUUCCUGGUGGUACUUCUGUUUGGCUGGGGCCUGGCCACAGUUGUCAUGAUUUACAGUCUUGCACAGAUCCGUCCUUCUAUGGGUUGCGGUCCUUUCCGUUUCUUCUCCAGCAUGUGGUCGAUUGUUCCAAUGUCUUUCUACAACCUCUCUCACACGACACAGGAGUUCCUCUUCUUCAUUGGAUCCCAGUCAUUCUCCAUCCCUCUGUUUGCAUUAUCUUGUGUGGUGAUGUGCUAUUUCAUAGCCUUAGCCUCUGUUUAUGGGAAAAGUGUUGCCCUGCUAAGACGUCAGCUUAAACUGGAGGGCCGGGACAAGCAGUUCUUGGUGAAGCAGAUAGAGAGUCUGAGUCAACGACAUCAGAUACUAAGACAUACUGCAGGAGCACAUAACUGAACAUAGCAGAGCGACCAUGUUUAGGUUUAACAACCUUCUAAACACGAGAUAACAUGAUAAGGCAUCUUAAAGGACUGUAUGUACCUUUUAUAUGCACGUUGAAAGAAACGGUCAGUUACAGAGCCAUGACACACUGGAAUCAUUUGCCCCUUAACAUUGACUUUAAAAAGAUAAAGAAUAAUUAUAAAGAAUAUGCAGUAGCAUUUAUUAGCAUGUAGAUGACAGACUGAAUAGUAGGAGGCACUUAAUACUAGUUGUAUAAU